AUGUCUGAUAGCGAGUCAUUCUUCGAGCGCGAGCCCAACGCGUUCGACGAGGAGUCAUCGGACGGUCUCUUUGACUCCGAUGUUGAAGCGGUAGGGCCUGAUGCCGAGGAGGGGAGCGAUACCGACGUCGAGAUACUCGGCGAAAGGCCUAGCCCAGUUCCCACACACGGCAUCGGGAAGGGGUUUAUGACCGCUCCGGUACCGUUGUCUAUAGUGUAUAGCGACGGUCGCCACGUGGGGCUUGGCGCUCCAGGGGAGGCAAGCGGUAGCCACCAGCCAGAGGCUUCUACUUCCGGCCGUGGUGAGGCGGCUACCGAACCUUCCAUCCGGCCGAGGGUAUCUGUAGUCUACCCCGGCAAUCCUAAGGUGCCGAUGGGGGUUCCGAAGGAGCUCGUCUUCGGGGUGGAUUAUCUGGAGCCCAACAGAAUCACCGAAAGGGAGAUUGCGAAGUUCCGGGCGGAGUACUUCAUUCCAGAUUCGGUAGGUAUGAGGAUCCCACUUCCUACCGAAUCCCUAAGCAGUCCAAAAGACGGCGAAGUCGUCUUUUUCACGGACGUGCUUCUGCAGGGGGUGAGGCUUCCUCUGCAGCCUGCCGUUCAGAGAAUCCUGGCGCAGAUCGGCUACGCUCCCGGCCAGUUCAACCCCAACUUCUGGGUGGCGCUGAUGGGGGUAGUCACAGCCUUCGGCAUGGCUGGGGAGGGAGAACCUUCGUACGAGCAGUUCUCCCACCUUUACAGCGUCACGAAAUCAAAGUGUGCCGAUCACGGAGGCUGGGUCCAGGCCAAUUGUCUGAAGGCUGCCGAGCGUGGUCACUUCGUCAAUGCCGUUCCGACCUCCCAGAAGACUUGGAGGAAACGGCGGGUGCUUUUGUCCGGUGACUGGGAGUCGCCCUCGGGACAUCCCGUCCGUUUCCAUAUCCCAACCACAUUCCAAAUCGCCGGCAAAUUGAAGCAGCCGAGUGCCACACAAGCGGAGGUCCGGCAGAUCGAAAAGGUCAGGCUGAAGGUUCCUGCCGUCGAGAGGGUCUACCCGAAGUUUCUUUUCACUCCCAAUCUCAUCAAGGCCCGGCUCGUCAACCCUGCCGAGAUGACCGAAGAGAGGAAAGCCGCCGAGGUGAAGAGGAUGAACGAGUCCUCGAAGAGACGCCUCAUGCUCGGCAUGCAGGGGAAAAAGAAAAGUCGGCAGGCCUCAACGGCACCGGCGCCUUCGACAGUCGUGGAUCCUGACGAUCUGACACUCAACGAGCGUCGUCGCCAGAUGCAGGCUGAGUCGGCGCGUGCCGAAGCUAACGAGGCUGGUCCAUCCCCUGGCCGAGUCCCGCCUACCGAGGGCACCUCCUCCAGAGCGGCAGGCAAGAGGCCGUUUACCGUGGACGUUGAUGCCGACCCCGCUCCAAAACGCGGGCGACAAACAGAGCCUGCACGGGCCGUUUUCUCUGCCGAGGACGACGAGGCCCCUUCGGAAGCUGUGACCCUGGCCUGUCCUUCGAAGACGGUCCAGUUUGUGAACCAUAUGAUCCUUGGUUCACAGAUGGAGCUGUCGGAGAUCGAGGACCUGCCGAAGAAGCUGCUUCGGGAGGAGGCUGGUCGCGCCUUCCGUCUCCAAGCCUCGGCUUCAAUGGACAUGUGGCUCUGCGUUAAGCGGGCCAUCAAUGCCGCCGAGAAGGCGAAGAAAUUAUACGAAGACGGCAGGGCGAAGGUUGCCGAAGCUGGCAAGGCCAUCCAAGCCCAGGCAAACUUGGCCAAGGACAUGCAGGCUGCCGAACGGCAGGUGAAGGUUUAUCAGGCCAAACUUGGCGAGAUGUCUGCGGCAUUGGAGGCGGCUCAGCUGACGGCAAAAGAGGCUCUGGAGUCGAAGGAGGCGAUCCAGGUGGCUUUCGAGGAGUCCGAGUGGGCCAGGGCUUCCGAGAUCGAGGCUGCCGUUCAGAAGGCGAUCCAGGGCUACCGUCGGUCUACCGAGUUCUCUACCUUGCUGGACAAGGAGGUAGGAUCGGAAAUGGCGGACUUGCUCUACCGUUUCAAGCGGUACAACCCUGGGAAAAAGCUCAACCUCAACUUCAUUGCUGACCCACCCCCCCUUCCUGAGGGCAUAAUCGAAGAGAUGAUCGAGGAGUACGAGGGGGAGGAUGUGACAGAGGAGGUCCCAGCUGAACCCGAAGGGAUAACUGCCGAAGCCGAUGGUGCUGCCCCUGAUGCCGACGAAGCUGCCGCCUGA